AACAAACCGGAAGCAGAAGACUGCUACGUCCAACAAAUGUUAGCUGUUCUGUACAUUUAUCAACCAUGGCAGAAAGGGCAGCACACAUCACUUCGGCUUCUUUCACGACCAAACCAUCAAUUUUUGAAGUCUUAGCGCAAGAGAGUUUGAUGACAACUAUUCGACCAGCCUUGAAACACGCCGUGAAGGUAUUAGCAGAAAGCAGACCUGAUAAGUUUGGCUGGAUGAUAAGAUGGUAUGAUGAAAUCUACACAACACUUGACUUGGUGCUUCAGAAUUUCUACCUUCGUAACCACUGUUCCUCCUUUGCUGAGAAUUUCUAUGGGAUCAAACGAGUGCCUUUAUCAGGAUCUAGUAGUGGUGAUAAACUUCCUCCAGAGAUCCUGUUGAAAUCUCUUAUCUGCCUGGCUUUGAUACCUUACAUCAAACAUAAGCUGGAUGAAAAGUUUGAAGAGAUGAGGCAUAAAUUUAACAUUGGCAGCAACCCCCAGCACAGCCUUGUUGCGAGUGUGUCGAAGGCGUUUGUAGGUGUCUACCCCUACAUCCACAUGACGUGGGAGGGCACUGUGUUGUGGUAUCAGUUAGCUUACAUGUUUGGGAGGGGAAGGUGGCACACACCCUUUGUACGCCUAGCAGGGGUUGAGCUCACUCACGUACAGGAGGACGACCUCACUCCCACAGCUAGCUCACCUAUAGACUGGAACACUGCUAGCACAUCUGCACGACUUGGGUACAUUGGUGAGCGGGCUCUAAACUUGACGGCCACCUCCUUGUCCACGGGACUAUCUGUGGGCGUGUUCUUCCUACAGUUCCUGGACUGGUGGUACAUCAGCGACUCUAACGCCCCAAUGUUGAUGUCACUUCCUGUCCCAGAUGCUCCAAAGUGUGAUACAGACCUGACCACACCCCCAUAUAAUGUCUGUCCAGUGUGUCUGAGGACAAGGACCAAUGACACUGCCCUGUCAGUGUCGGGGUAUGUGUUCUGCUACCCCUGUAUAUUUGAAUAUGUGAACAAACACAGAUGUUGCCCAGUAACCAGCUAUCCAGCCAAUCAAGAACACUUAGUAAAGCUGUAUCCCCCAGACUCUUGACGACAGAUACUGAAGUCAAACAUCUGAGUGAUCAUGUAUGGUUGUGACUCAUUUUUAAAUUAUGUUGAUGAAAGUUUUAUGCAUGAUUGUUGAAAUUUCAUUAAUUAAUUUGUUAUUGUUGAAAAUUGAAAUUAAUAAAUUUGCAUGUUUUAUUAAAA